AAACAAACCAAAAAAGUGACAAGAUCAAAGUAUAGUACACACAUAUUACUUUCUCUUAGAAAAAAAAAAUGGAGUCACUCAUGGGUGAAGGAUUAAGAAGCAGAUCAUCAGGUUUAAAACCAAUAGAAACAAAGAGGAAAGGGGGAAUCGAAGAGUACGAUAUGGUGACCGUGGAAGACGAGCCAUUGAGUCCAAUGGCUCGUCUUUUCCAAGAUAGGAAGUUCGAUGUCCAUGCCGUUGCGUUUAUGGCUUUCAAAACUCGAAUCUCACCACAGCCUGUGAAGGAAAAGUUGGUGCAUACUUUGCUUAAGCAUCCUCGUUUCACUAGCUUGAUGGUUGUGGAUGAAGAAAAUUUAACAGACAUGAAAUGGGUCCAAACAAAGAUUGAUUUGGACCAACAUAUUAUAAUUGUUGAAGUAGAUGAAACUCAGAUGGAAUCACCCGACAAGUUUGUGGAGGAUUAUAUUUACAAUCUUAGCAAAACAAGCCUCGAUAGAUCAAAGCCACUUUGGGACCUUCACAUUAUCAAUGUCAAAACUCAUCAAGCAGAGUCUGUGGUUGUGUUUAGGGUUCACCAUUCUCUUGGUGAUGGCACCUCCCUUAUUUCUCUUCUGCUCGCGUGCACUCGCCAAACUGCUGAUGAUCUCAAACUUCCUACCAUUCCCACCAAGAAAAGGAGGCCUACUCCUUCAGGUUAUUCAGCAAAGGAAGGGUUGUGGCGAUUGUUGGGAAAUUUUUGGCUUUUCAUAGUAAUGUUUGUGAAUACUGCAGUGGAUGUUUUCUUGUUCAUCAUCACAACCAUGUUCCUCAAGGAUACCAAAACACCAAUCAGCGCCCCGCCUAAUUUCGAGUCUAAUAAUGCUAGACGAAUCGUUCAUCGGAUAAUCAGUCUGGAUGAUUUGAAGUUUGUGAAAAAUGCUAUGAAUGUUACUAUAAAUGAUGUUGCCCUAGGAUUAACACAAGCUGGUUUAUCUCAAUAUCUUAAUAGGAGAUAUGCUAUUGGUGGAAAAGACAAGGGAGCAACAGAGAGAAGCAAUAAUCUUCCCAAUGGCAUUCGACUUCGGUCUUGUCUUUGUUUUAACCUAAGAUCCUCUGCAGGAAUUGAAGAUCUAGCCAAUAUGAUGGAGAAUGGAAGCAAAGGGAAGCGGGGUUGGGGAAAUUGGUUUGGUUACGCGUUGUUACCAUUCAAGAUUGCACUGCGAGAUAAUCCUUUAGACUAUGUGAAAGAAGCUAAAGCGACAGUUGAUCGCAAGAAGCGAUCCUUUGAAGCUUUGUCCACUUUGAUCAUGGCCGAAUUACUUAUCAAGUUUUUUGGGAUCAAGGUAGCUACAGAGGUGACUUGCAAAGGAUUCUCAAAUUCAACAAUAUGUUUCACCAACUUGGUUGGACCACAAGAGGAAAUUGGGUUCUGUGGCUACCCCAUUACUUAUUUUGCUCCAAGUGCUUAUGGGCAGCCAAGUGCAUUGAUGAUCAAUUUCCAAAGCUAUAUCAACAAGAUGAUUAUCGUCGUAUCUGUUGAUGAAAAUGCUAUACCUGAUCCACAUCAAUUGCUUGAUGAUUUUGAAGAUUCUCUUAAUCUCAUAAAGAAUGCUGUCAUAGAAAAAGGGCUUGUUAAGAAUCUGAAAUGAUCAAGAAAUCCAACCAAAUUAUGAAGUUAAGGUUGUAUUAGUAACUCUACUUUUUCGAAUAAUUCACCAGCACUUGUGUACUGCUGCAGUAAUUCUCUUUCCUAAUGCUUUCAACUUGAUAUUGAAGGACAUGGUACUUUGUAAACUACAUUUUAAUUUAUGGCAUUCAUAUCAAUGUAUUACAAUUUAUGGAAA